AUGUCAAAUGACGAGGCCAUUUUAGCGUGCAUUGGGCAAACUAUGGUUGCUGAUGCCAAGGUUAUCAAAGAGGCAGAAAACCAACUAUACACUUUCCAACAGCAACCUGGGUUCACAGCAUAUUUAUUGGCGGCAAUCAAUAAUGAUACCAUACCAGAAACAACUAGAUUAUCUGCAGUCAUCUAUUUCAAGAAUAAAAUUCAAAGAUCUUGGGGUAGCAAAGCAGCAGAUGGUAUCAAAGAAGAUGAACAACAAGCAAUCAAAGACAAUUUGAUCCAAACAUUAGUGAAGUUUUCAGAAAAUAAUCAUAUCAGACCACACAUUGUCGAAGCAAUCAAAGGCAUCUUAGAUAACAAUGAUCCAUGGGAUUUACUCGAUACAAUCAAACAAAUGCUAACAAGUGGUGAUCAUCAAUACUUAUAUCCAAGUAUUAUCUUAAUUCAUACCAUUUGUAAAGUUCACAGAUGGGAUAUGAUUGACAAACGUUCUUAUAUAGAUAAUGUGGUAGAACAAUUAUUCCCAAUAAUCGAACAAUUAACUUCCCAAUUAGUCAACGCUCCUGAUUAUAGAUCAAGUGAAUUGCUCUAUUUGAUUUUGAAAUCAUUUAAGUUUGCAUGUUUGAAUAAUUUUCCUAGUUACUUCAAAGAUUUGAAAAAAUUGAAUUCCUGGAUUCAAUUACACCUUUUCAUUUGUAGCAAGCCAUUUCCAAAGGAAGUUUUGGACCUCGACCCAUCUGAUAGAUCCUUAGAUAAAAGAGUAAAAGUUAACAAAUGGGGAUUCGGAAAUUUGAAUAGAUUCAUUCACAAAUAUUCAAAAUCUACAAAAAUCAUCACAGAUGAACUUAUUCAGUACGUGUUCACUUCCAUCAUUCCUACUAUUUUGGAAAGUUAUUUCAAAAUUAUCGAACAAUGGGGGACUGGCUCGAUCUGGUUGGGCGAGGCCUCUCUUUAUUAUUUGGUUGAAUUUUUAGGCAAAUGUAUAUCUGUUGAUGAACUUUAUCCUUUAUUACAACCACAUAUUAAAGUCAUUUUUGAAAAUCUUAUCUUCCUUUGUGUUUGUUCUUCAGAUACUAGUGUUGAAUUAUUUGAUGAUGAUCCAGAAGAAUACACAAGACGUUAUUAUGACAUAAACAAAGAGUCAUCGACCGCGGAUGUUGCCGCAUCGGACUUUAUCUUCAACUUAGGCCAUAAACAUCCAGAACAUUUGAACUACAUCCUAUCUUUUGCCAAUGGAAUACUCGGAAGCUUCUCAGAGAAUGUUAAUGAUAGACAACUUGCAUAUAAACAAGAAGGUGCCAUGAAAAUCAUGUCUGUUGCAUUUGAAUUGUUGGAUGAUUCAUCUAACGCUGAUAUUGAAAUGGUGUUCGGUAAAUAUAUAUACGGUCUCAUCUCACAGAAUAAUUACCCAUUUUUAGUUCCAAGAGGGCUCGAAACAGUAGCAUUGUAUGCAAAUACUUUUACCGAUAUGGAAGUUCUAUCGAAAAUUUUCGAAGCUGCUUAUACACAUUUCUUGAAUAGUGAUUCAAUACCUGUCCAAGUGGAAGCGGCUGAUGCAUUAAGAUCCUUAGUUGUUUCUAAUCCACAAAUCCACUCCUCAAUUGCUUCACAAGUGCCCGGAAUCAUGGAAAAGUUAUUAAAGUUUGCUAAAGAAUUUGAAAUUGAUAUCUUUCCUGAAGUAAUGGAAGUCUUUGUAGAAAAGUUUGCGGAUGAAUUAACACCAUACGCUACUGAUUUGGCACAAGGUUUAGUCAAUCAAUUCUUACAAAUCGAUCAAACUAUAUUAGAAAAUAGUAACGGUUCUUACUCUACGGGAGAUCCUGAUUUGGAGAUACAAGCUUCCUCGAUGUUACAAACAAUGUCUACGAUGGUUAUGUCCAUGUCUAAAGUUUCUUUGAUUGAUAUUUUUGAACCAGUUGUCAAAUUCCUUCAAGUAAAUGCUCAAAUUGCAUUCCAAUCUGAACUGGUUGAUUUGAUGGAUUCAUUAGCGUUAUCAUCUAAGUUAUUACAUGGUCAACUUACGCCUCCAAUUUGGGAAUCAUUCCAUGAUUUAUUGGAUUCAUUUCAAACAUAUGCGAUGGAUUACUUUGAAGGUUUUGAAAUAUUUUUCGAAACAAUAAUUUUACAAGGGUUCCCAACCAAUCAAGAUUAUGUGCAACCAUUCCUGGAAAUACUGGCAGCUAAAUUAACUAGUGGUAUUGACUACGAUGUUGAAUCUAUUUUCAAAUUACUUACUUUAUAUGCUUUAUCCAUGAGGGAUACUCCAUUGUUUGAAGAAGCAAUUAGAACAAUAUCAAAUGACGAUCUGGAGAUUGAAGAAAAGCUUAUAGUCAAAUUAACUUUAGCGAACAUUAUUGCCAAACCAAUUGAAACUUUACAAACAUGUGAAAAACUUGGAUUUACAAUGGAGUUCAUGAAGCAAUGGUUUGAAGCUCGCUUUUUCAAUGUUUUUUCCACUAAGUUACAAAUAUUAGCCAUAUUAACCUUAUUUAGAAUGUCUGAAUUACCAAGUUGCAUGAACGCGUACAUGAGUUCAUUAUCUUCUAAAUUAGUUACGCUAGUUAGCGAACUACCAGCUGCAAUUAGAAGACGUGAUAUUAUUGCUAAGGGAGAAGGUUUAGGUACAGAUGAUACAUUGACUCCAGAAGAAGAAGAAGAAUAUAUCGAUGAAAUCGAUGAUGAUAUGAAAGAAACCGUUUUAGAUCAAAUGAAUAUGUUCAAUGAAGUUCAUUCUUUCUUCAAACAGGUAGAGGGAGAAAACCCUAAUAGAUAUCAACAGAUCAUUCAAUCCUUAAAUGAAGAUCAAAAGGAUUCUUUAAGUAUAAUAUUAGAAUACGUUUCCUCCACCUCAAAUGCUUAA